UUCGCCGCGAUUAAUUGACACGAAUAAUAAAACACCAAAUAUACCGCAUUUCGUACGAUGUCGUGGCUGCGAUUAGCGGUGAAUAAGGCCGUCGAAGUCGGUGGCCAAAACAGCGUCAGCCGCGCCGUGCGAAGCUAUGCUGACACCGUCGUCAAUACCGCUGUUGGUGGUUCCAAGCUCUUCCUAGAUGCCGCUGGCCCUUGGAAUUUCCAAAACUAUAAGCUUGCAGUAAAACGACUGGAAGAAGUUUCUGAUUCUUGUAAGGGAGCAGAAAGAGUUCAGUUAUUAAGAAGAUGGUUGGUUUCCUUGAAACAGAUAGAGAUACUUAAUGAGGCUAUCGACUCCGGCCAUGGUCCAAAGCCAACUUUGGUUAUGUAUUAUGAUCCUGAUCGUGGGGGAGAACCGAUGGAUUUCCGUGAUGUGUUCCUUCAGAGUCAAGCACUUGAGGGCAUUACACUGUCUUUUAUUCUCGAGGAACCCAAUCAGGAGGAACUUUCUUUGCUUCAGGGGAUAUUCAGGCUCACUCUAAUGAGUGGAAAAGAAGCUCUUGAUGUGACAGUGAACAGUGUACAAGAUUUAGCUAAAGCCUUCUCGACCUACAAUGAAGAAGUACUGGCAAAGAGGGCAGAGCUGCUUCAAUUUGUACAAGAUGCUAUGGCUGGACUGAAAGUAAAUGCUGAGAUAGUAAGAAUAGAUUCUGAACUCUCAAGUAUAAAUAAAAGACUACAAAGUAUGCAAAUCGAGCCUAAACAGGAGGGCGGGAUAUCAUCUAACAUGUCACAGGAGCAUCUGAAUGAAGUGCUCGCACAUGUGAGAUUGUGUUCCCAAUUGGUGGAGCUUCUAUCGCGUAAGAAAUUAAUAAUGCAAAAUGGGGAUUGUCUCGCAGCACACAAACAAAAGGUUGACAAGCUAAAGGUAUUGUCAGAAUCUCUGGCAAGCUCUGCAUCCCAAGCUGAAACGCGCAUUUUAGAUAAUAGAUUACAAAAAGAAGAAGCUCUUAAAUUCCGUCUCACUAAAGCUGAUGAAGUACUCCAAAUGGAGAAGGAUUUGCAUAAUGAAAUUAAAGCUCUCCAGAAGAGAAAAGAUGAUCUUGAAGAAGAACUGAAACAGGUUACGGCCGCUUUGUCUACUGCCCAUUUCCGCCUUCACAAUGUCAAGGAAGAAAGAGAUCAAUUUGAAGGUGCUAGUAAUCAGGUUGUGGAGCAUUACAACGUGAGGGAUGACGAGCUUGCAAUAUGUAUUGCUACAUACAGAGCAGAAGCAAAAGUUUGCAACACCUUCAUCAAUUUUCUAGAAAGCACCUCGGCUUUCAAGUCAGCAUGUCUUGUGAAAAAGAAAAAGCGGGUCAAUGAUGAGCUGGUAAGGCAUGGAGAGUACUUUAUGGAUUGGGCUACAGGAAUUUUAGAGGCAAUCAAGGACGAGAUGGAGCCGUGUCUUUCUUCAUUCUACGAGAUUGUGGACGAAAUGUUAGAUGAGGUAACAAGCAGUGAGGGUAAAAAUGAUGCAAUCAGUUCAAGGAAAAUGCUGCAGAAAAGAUACCAGACUGUGGAAACCAAGAUGAAACUUACAUUCAGUGUAGUGGAUCGCAUUAAGACACAGUAUUCCAUUAAUCAAACCAAGGAUUCAAGAAUAAGUGAUGGAAAACUGAAACAAGUGUUGGAUGCACUUGCCAAGAUGAAACGUGAAUUUGAGUCCAUCGAGAGGCCAACUUUACUACCAGAGACGCCUCUAAGGGCGCGGAUUCCAGGACUUCCUUUCCUGUCAAGACAGUUGUCGAAAGUUGAAUACAGCCUUAAAUCAGAAAAUGAGAACGAGGCGCAAAGAGGGUUGCUGCCAUUUCCUUUCAGACCAAUUGUUUCUAUUCCUUUGGUUCAUAGUCUGUCGACCAGAGUCCCGAAGAUGAGAAAGGUAGAGCAUCUAGAGUCUUGUGGAGGUCACCGCAGUACUUCAUCGGAUGCAGAGGCACUACUGUCUAAGUUGAAGUGGGAGUUGGAGCUUGAGGAUCAUAGCAAUAUGGAGGGGGUUAUUGAGUGGGAGUCUGAUGAAAACUUUGACAAAGAAUCAAGAAAGAGUAUAUAAUAAUCAUGCAGCCCAAUAAUCUUAAUCUCCCCAAGCUUCAAGGUUGGAUGAUUCCACUUCAAAGGCCAUGUUUUCUUCCUAUGAAAUUUCACCAAAAAAAACGAGGUUGAAAUUUGAGUGCAACAUUUUUUUCAUGAGAAUGUGAUAUCUCAUCUGUUCUUUUAUUAUUUUAGUUUUGGCUUUUAAGAAUUACUCCAUAUUUGUACAUAUUGAGGGGAGUUGUGACAAUCACAUUUGUUUCUUGCAUUUAAUUAUGUAUGGUGAC